UAAAGUAUAAUAAGAAAACGUAUGUGUCAGCUAAAUGAACACGGAACAACUCAAUGCUAAAAAUUGAUGUACAUAGGAAGGAAUUGUAUUAUUUUUAUUUAGAUUAAAGGAAUACCAACCAGUGCUUAUAAUCGAUAAUGUGCAAAAAUGAUUUUUGCGUCGCAUGUGGGACAGCGUCGGUUAUGUUCUGCAUUAUUGCCAUCGUGCUGGGUUUAAUCGGACUUGGAAUCACAAAAAUCGUCUUAGGUUCCAUGUAUCUUCAUGACUGCAGCAUCGAGCGAAUGAUUCCCAUCUACUUGAUUGUAAGCGGCGUGGUUCCAUUGCUGUUUUCCGGUUUCAGCCGCCACGAUGACGAAGGUCGGUCCCUGGGUUUCGGGGACUGCUGCGGCAUAUUCGCCUUUCUCUUCAACGUCACUUGGCUUGUUUGUGGUUCGAUUUGGGUUUACCCGAACUAUGGAAAACUGACACAUCAAGUACCCUGUUCUGCGAUCGUCACAUCCGGUUGUUACCAUGGUAGCUGCAACAUGACGCUUCUAAGGUUUGCGUUCGCCAUGGUAACGAUUGACUGGCUUUGUUUUGGAAUUGGUGUUGGAAUGAUUUCGUACAUCUACGUAAAAGCAUUUUGCAAAUGAACUUGAAUAGAGGAACAGCAUACUUCUUGAACGAGAAAUCGACAUAACUAAUUAUAAAACUUAUAUACCUGGAUCUGUAUACUUAUAACGACUAUGAAAUUAGUAUUUGUUAAAUGUGUUAUGCUGUACGUCAUGCCAUACUUUGGUUAAAAUUGUUUUGUUAAUUGAAACCAUUUUCAUAAUUUCAGCGUUGGGUUAUUUACAAAUUAUUUGUUAGAUGUUUUUACACCUGUUAUUUGAAAUAUGCAACUGUGUUUGUAACAGGUUGGCAAACGCCAACGAUUUAGGAUGUUGCUAAUUGCCAAACAAAGGAGGUGUCAGUCGAAGCCAUAUUGACCUUAGCUUACUGUUUUAUUGUUUCUUUGUAUCUAAUUUAGCACCUUGACAUAUGUUUUGAUUAAGAACUAUUUGAAAUCAGAAGUAAUUAGUUCGAGCUGAGCUGACAGUCUUUAUGAAGUAUUUCCUGUUUUUCUAUUGGUUUAAUUUAUGGUAGGCAUGACCGGGCUGCACAUUAUAAAGUAACACAUUUUUUAAUUGUUAAAGAAAGAGAGGAGAAAAAAUGUAGUUCUUCAUAGAAAACGGACUCUUGAGAUUUGUCUGAGCUCGAAGGUGGUUUUACCACAGUCCAGCAAACUAUAGCGUUGUCGCUGUUGUACAAUAUAUUUGGUGUUAAAUUUUGGACUACACACACUGUGUUAUUACAUCAAGUAUUUGUUAAUGAAAGAACAACAUAAUAAAAUCGUGAAAAGAACUUGGUGUCGUGAAAAGGAUUUUGUUUUGGACUUCAAUAGCUAAUUCCCCAUAGGUGUCAAAUAACGCGUUUAUAGUUAAAAAAUGCACGGCACAACAAGUUCUGAUAAUAAA